GAACGCGCCUGCGCUGAUUCGGGUCCCUGCGCCUGCGCACAGCCAGGCUUCCGGUGGCUUCUCUGAGGCGUGACCUUCGAUGGUGGCUGACUGAGCGCAGUCUGUGGCGCCUGGUGGAGGCGAGUCUGCCAAUUUGAUGAUGGAUCCUGAAUUCUGAAAUAAAUUCUCUUUGCUGAAAAAAAAUUGCCUAUAUUUAGAAAACAAAAUUAUAUUUGUUUUGGUUUAGUCAACUUCAUUUUGUGAAUUUGGAGUGCCAAAGAAAAAAAAUUAUAGACUUGAUAUUGAAGAAAAUGAAUAGAAACCUAAAUGAAAAUUCAGCUCGGAGCACAGCAGGCUGUUUGCCUGUGCCACUAUUCAAUCAGAAAAAGAGGAGCAGACAGCCGUUAACUUCUAAUCCAGUUAAAAAUGACCCAGGUAUCAAUACUGUUUCUGACAGUUAUGAUUUUCCCCCUCUACCAACAGACUGGGCAUGGGAAGCUUUGAAUCCAGAGGUGGCUCCUUUAAAGAAAACAGCAAAUACAGGGCAAAUACCAUCUUUAGCUUCUUGUCCUCCAAGAAAUCAAGAUUCUAUGUCUAAAUCUAUUUGGUCAAAUACUGGGAGACUUCAAAGUAGUUGGAGCUAUAGAGAUGACAACAAAAAUUUCAACUUGAAAACUUGGGAUAAAAAUAAUUUUAGACCUCAAUAUAAAACAACAAACCUAGCAACAAAUGAUGGAAUACCAUUUUGUCCGGUGAAUUUGGGAGCUCAACAAACCCAGCAAUUAAAAAUGUCUGAACCACAUCACUUUUCUGGACACAAAGAAACUGAGGAACUCAGGCAAGCAAGUUUAUCAACAAUACCAGGUGCAACAAAAAAAGGCCUAGACAAAAACAGUGCAUUACAGGCAUUUAAGCCUAAUUUUCAGCAAAAUCAAUGUAAGAAAAAAAAGUUGGAUGGUGUUUCAGAAGGAAACGCUGUGAAGGAAACCUAUUUGUGUCAGUCACAGUUUAAUGAAAAAGAUAAUUCUUUAAGAAUUAUUUCUGCUGUUAUUGAAAGCAUGAAGUAUUGGCGUGAACAUGUACAGAAAGCUGUACUUCUUUUUGAAGUACUGGGUGUUCUUGAUUCAGCUGUUACACCUGGCCCGUAUUACUCAAAGUCCUUUCUUAUGAGAGAUGGGAAGAAUAUUCUGUCUUGUAUAUUUUAUGAAAUUGACCGUGAACUUCCAAGACUGAUUAGAGGCCGAGUUCACAGGUGUGUUGGGAACUAUGACCUAGAGAAGAACAUUUUCAAAUGUGUUUCUGUCAGACCAGCGUCUGUUUCUGAACAAAAAACUUUCCAAGCAUUUGUUAAAAUUGCAGAUACUGAGAUGAGGUAUUACACUAAAGUAACGAAUGAAAUUUAGAUAGUGAUAAAACGAAUUUAAACAGUAUAAACUGAAACAUUUCCUUUACUGUUGAAUUUAUCAUUUCCAUGGUCCUGUCACUGUCAUAUUUUUCUGUAUUUUACUUGUUGAAUUAACAUUUUAAAAUUAAAUAAAUUUUAAAUGUG